UGGUGUCCGCUCACCAGCGCCGAGCUGAACCUCCAGGACAGUCACACCUCACCCUUCCAUACCAGCUGGCUCUUGUCUCAGGUGGACAUGGCCCACAAAGGCCACUUUCAACCCAGCAGCCUGGACUGGGCCCUGCGACUGAUCCUGGCAUGGAUCUUCUUGGUGGCCUGUGGAGGGAGUCACCCCCUGCAAGUUAUGUUCUGGGGACACCCUGGGCUGCCAGCCAGUGUGCGCACAACCCAGCUGCACCUAGCAGGGCACCCUCAGUCCUCGGUUCCACAGCCUUACCCGAGGAUCCAAGAUCCUGGUUCACAGACAUCACCAGAACCUUGCUGUGCCUCAGAGAUAGACAGGCCAGAGGCAUCAAGCCCAGGAAUCCCCCUAGAGAGCUGCGGUGUGCCAAGCCCAGAAUGUGAAUUCUUCUUGGGACGCCUCCAACGUACCCUCCGCAAUCGCUUCCACCCGCCGCUGCUUGGAGUGCACCAAGAGCAGCCUCUCUGCCCGGAGCUCUGCCAGACUUGGUUCACUACCUGCAAGGCAGAUUUCACCUGUGGUCCGACUUGGCUGCAGCCCUCUGGGAAGAGGGGCUGUGAGGCCAGCUGCCGCACCUAUGGGCAGACCUUCGCCAAUGCUGAAGACCUGUGCCGCACAGUUCUGGGCCACACACUACGGGUGGCAGCUCCAGGUUCACGCCACUGUCUCAAUGUCUCCACCUCCUCCCCACGUGCCCGCCGCUCUCGCACCUGGAUCUUGAAUGCUGCAGGCAGCGGCAGCGGUAGCGGCAGCGGAGACAGCCCUGAGUAGAUGUUUGGCUUCCCUGGGUCAGGAGCCAAAUAG